CCGCUUGAGGCAGCCCUUCAAACAAAAAAGGGAAAGAAAAAAAUAGAACAGACCCACGCCGUUAUCUUUUCCGUCGUUUUCCCCUCAUCCCUGGUGCGGCACUCUCUCAUUUCGCGCGCCAACAAGAUCCGCACGCGGAUUGUGUUCUUCCCCACCUGCCACGUGUGAACUGGUUUACUUCUCUCUCAGGAGCCUAUAGGAGCCCGUUGUGCCAAAAAUGGCGCAAAGCAUACGUUGUUUCUCUUGCCUGCGACCGGAGAACUGCUCGCCUAUCUUGCGAGGCAACCUUCAGGCGGGGGCGGGUUCCACGCCGUCUGCCACGUCGACCAGUUCGCGAUCGCCGGCUUGGCGCGGAGCAGCAAGGGUGUCGGCGUGGCGAUCGCGAACGCGAUCGCCAGCUUGGCGCGGAGCGGCAAGGGUGACGUCGUCUGGGACGAAAGGCGGGUUUGCGGCGGGGACAACGGGCAGGGAGACUUCGCUGAGAAGCUCGGCGCGCAGUACAGGAAGGCAUGGAUUAACCGAAAGAAGGCGGCAGCCGCAGAGGCGGCCUGGUGUGUGUUAUGCGCAAGAGUACAAGGUGGAGAUAUUUAAAGACGGCGAAGUGCACACGCUGACGGUGCCUGAUGACAUGUCUAUACUGGAAGCGGCAUUAGAUAGUGGAUUAGAGCUGUCACACGAUUGCAAAUUGGGGGUUUGCAUGACGUGUCCUGCCAAGCUGGAGAGCGGUCAGGUGGACCAGGAGGGCGCAAUGCUUAGCGAGGACGUGUUGAAGGAGGGGUAUGCUCUGUUGUGUGUGUCGCAGCCUCGAUCUGAUUGCAAAAUACGAAUCAUCAGCGAAGACGAGCUUCUGGAUGUUCAGCUAGUAACCUCUCAAAUGUGACGCUGAGGACAGUGAUUGCCGUGUCUAUCACUGCUUGGGCGUUCUCAUUUUGCAUUUUUGGCUGCUUCACACACGCUACAUGCUGCUGAAAACGGUACGCAAGGACACGUGCACAGAUAGAUAGAUAGAUAGAUAGAUAGAGAGAGAGAGAGAGAGAGAGAGAGAGAGAGAGAGAGAGAGAGAGAGAGAGAGAGAGAGAGAGAGAGAAAGAUUCCUGUGCUGUGGAAGCUCGAAGCCAAUUGGAUGACCGUGUGUUUACGUAUAGAUAUGGGCGAAGGGAAGAUCGUGUGGUAAGUUGAUAUGUGUUUGUGGUCUCACGAAUGAUGAGUUGAUGACCAUAUAAUUAGAGUUGGCGGGAAGUACUCCAUGUUUUGUGUAA